AUGAAAAUGUUAAAUUAUGAUGAAGUUUAUUGUAGACAUUAUAGAUUAGAUUCUUUAUCAAAUGAUGAAAAUAGAAUUUACAAUAGAUUUGUAAAAUUUCCAAAUGUUAAUGGUCCUAUUGUUGUUUUAAAAAUACUUAUAAACCCAAUGUAGCAUUCUAUAUUGAAAUUUGUUCUCAAUUUGCUAAAUAAUCGCUUUAUUUAUACAAAUUGA